AUGUCUUUUUAAUUCCUUAAAAUAUGUUUUAAUAAUGAUCUUAAAAGACUUAGAGUUUAAAGAGAUAUUUGUUUUACAAUAUCUAACUUAAUGAGUUAUAUAGAUUAGAAAGAAUUAGAGAGAAAUACUAAAUAUUAAGAAAGAAGAUAGGAUAUCAGUUAAAUAAACAGCUGA